AUGACUCUGACUCAAGCUGAGAAGGCUGCAGUGGUUGCCAUUUGGGGAAAGAUCGCUGCCCAAGCUGAUGCCCUUGGGACCGAGUCACUGGAGAGGCUUUUUUCAAGCUUCCCCCAGACCAAGACCUAUUUCCCUCAUUUCGAUCUCAGCCAAGGUUCUGCUCAGCUUCAUGGCCAUGGCUCCAAGGUCCUGGGUGCUAUUGGUGAGGCUGUCAAGAACAUAGAUAACAUUACAGGUGCCUUGGCCACACUUAGCGAGCUGCAUGCCUACAUCCUCCGAGUUGAUCCGGUGAACUUCAAGCUGCUUUCCCAUUGCAUUCUGUGCUCUGUUGCUGCCCACUUUCCCAACGACUUCACCCCAGAAGUCCAUGCUGCAUGGGACAAGUUCCUGUCCCAGAUUUCUUCGGUGCUGACUGAGAAGUAUAGAUAA